CUCAAAUCUAUUACGACGACUUGAAAUAUGGAUAGUGGAAGAUAAAAGGGCAAUCAACUCCAGCAGUGACGUACAGCGGCGCCCCAUCUUCUCAUCAACAGAGUAAGCUCCUACCAUGGCUCAGUCGUUUGGGGAGUAUGCUCGACCCACCGAUACAAUAGCCGCAAUCUUAGGAACAUAUCCAUUUUCUAUCGGUCUCUUUCGAGAAUUGAUUCAGAACUCUGAUGACGCCAAGGCCUCAAAGCAGGUCUUUGUCUUGGAUUUGAGAAAGCAUUCGACAGACACCCUAUUCGAUGACAAGUUGGCCGGCACGCAGGGCCCAUCUCUUCUCGCGUACAACGAUGCGCUUUUCACGCAGGAGGAUUGGGAAGCCUUGCAAAGCAUUCAUAGGUCUUCCAAGAAGACCGACAAUACGAAGAUUGGAAAGUAUGGUAUCGGAUUUCGCUCCUGCUAUCAUAUAACAGACUAUCCACAAAUCCUCUCCGGCACAUCCCUUGCUAUCCUGGACCCCCAUCACCAUUUUAGCGAGUCAGGCGGAACCAAAUUAAACUUUGCUGAGCUCGGAGACUCAUGCGCUGACCACUUGUCCUGCUUUGACUUCUUUCUGCCGCUCAGCAACUCUCGAACACCCUUCUCGGGGUCUAUAAUCCGACUUCCCCUUCGCACCCCCGAAUCCCAGAGCAGCAUCAGCAACAAAGUUGUCACUCCAGGAGAAAUACGCACCCUCUUUCGUGACUUCAUUGAAGAAGAGCUCGACAUUUCUCUUCUAUUUCUCAAGCACGUCUCCAAGAUUGAGAUUCACGAGAUCGACGAGCAGGGAGUUCAAACCUUUCUCGCUGGCGUGUCGAUAUCCAAGGGAUCACCUUCUCAGUGGGUAAAUGACGGCAGCCACAGCACACUGAUAGAGACCAUCAGCAUCACAUCACCGUCCCGAAAUGAUGCCAUAACCUGGCGCAUACUCCAGUCUUCAUUCGAUCAAGCCGAAUCGGCGUCAUUGAUAUCGUAUAGAUUAGGACGAGACGCACAUCCCUUACUUUCGAAGCACAAGCUGGUGCCUUCAAUAUCACUCGCCGUUCCCAUGUCCAUCGUGACGGCCGAACAGACAUCUGGUCGACUGUUCACAUACCUUCCACUUCCCAUCCGCACCGGAUUCCCAUGUCACGUCCACGGACUCUUCGCGCUGACUCAAUCGAGGCAGAAUCUCAGCAACAAGACAGAAAUCGGAAUUGUCCGUGGAAGCGACGACAGUGUCCUUGUCGAGUGGAAUCAAUUACUCUUCGAGAAGUACCUUCCCAAGGCUUGGGCAACACUUUUGCCUAUUCUCAUUGAGCAAGAUGGGCUCAAACAGAUCUAUAGAGCUUGGCCGGCUGCACAACCUAUCGUGGAAACGGGUGAUAGCACGUAUUGGCAAGACCUGCCUCGUCAUCUCCUCACAGCCGUUGUCUCUUCGGGGUUUAUGGUCUGGCCUCUUGUCCCACGCAGCCCUAAGAAUAGGGCUCGGAAUACACCAGUUGCCGCAUUCCAGAAUCUGCGAUCUGUCAUCGUAGCAAGCAGUGCAAUCGACGUCAAGGCCCUUCAGGCCCUGGUAGAUGCAGGAUUGAAUAUCAUACAGCCCCCUGAAUAUAUCAUGAGGGCGGAUAUCAAUCAUACGGCAUUAACUCCGGACAUCGCACAUGCUGGAUUGCUCCACCAUGUUUUUGAGCUGGAACAGCUCGGCGCUUCAGAUGCUAGUGCCUCACUAGCCAUUUUGGAAUAUCUUCUAUCGACAAAGAACCUUACGCUCAUCCUUGGCCUCCCUAUCAUCCCAUUAGUCAGCGGGAAAUUCGCAACGCUUCAGCAUGACACCCCAAACGUCCAUGUUCUACUAGAGAAGGCUGAAUUCGCUACGUUCCAGGAGUUUGAUGGCUCAGCUGUACCCUUGGACAAGCUUUCGAACCCUACUGGAGAGCUUCUGCUUACACAGGGUACCGACGGCUACAACCUGAAGCACCUUCGUCCCGAACAUGUUGUGGAUUAUCUGCGAAUGUCUCCAUUUGGAAUAGAUUUUUCGACCGCUGAGAAAUUCAGCGAGACUGCUGUUCUGUGGUUAUCGAAGUUCUGGGAAUGGUUAAAAGAGUGGAAGGAGAAGGAGGCAUUAUUGCCGGUGAUUUCUCAGUUCCGCCUUCUGCCAUCAAGGAACGGGUCACUAGAAUUUGUUGGUGAUGGACUGUUCUCAGGGGAAGCAUUGGAGGCGUCAGUACAGUCCGCGCUUCAGUUGCUGCAGAUCAAAUUUCUACAUCCGAAAUUCUCAGUUGCUGCUCGGAAUGCCCUCAAAGACGUACCCGGUACACUGCGAAUGCCAGACGCGGACAUCCACUCUCUCCUCGACCGUAUACGAUUCCCUAUCGGCUCCAACUUAGACAAGCAGACAGCUACCGUCAUCCUGGACUUUUUGAUCCCUUCUAUCCUCGAUUUCUGCCGUACCGAACGCCUUAGCGAUAGCCAAAGAUACAAGCUACGAUCAUUACCGAUCUUUCCAAUGCUUGUCCCUUCGAAAAGCCCGGUCAAACCUGAAAAGACGUCCAGAUUUCUGGGUAUCCCGCUGAAGGCCCCAAAGACAAACACGACGAAAGCUGUUGGUUCCAUUCCUGAUGGUGCUACUGUUUACGGGGUGAUGACCUCGACGUCCUUCCUCCUUCCACUCGCUCGUGACGUUGUAUAUCUCGAUGGAUCAAACAUUGACCUUGCAAUAUUAUCCCAUAUCGAGUCGGAGAACAGUGUGCCGCUUUCAGAGAUCGACGUUGUAGCUCUUACUCUGGAACAUUUUGGCGAGCAGUCCAAGUUCCUCCAGCACGCGUUCCUGGAGUAUAUGGUCCAACAGCGCGAUAGCUUGCCUCCUCGUUUGCUAAAGAUACUCCAAACGACGAAGUUUAUACCUGUCAUUGACGGCUCCCUGCAGUCAGCAGAGCAUGUAAUUGACCCCACGAUGCCAGUGAUGACUCUGUAUACAAACAGUGGAGAUCGUGUUCCGAGGUCGAUGGAUGAUGAUGCAGGCUUCGUUUUGAAGCAACUAAGGCUCCUAGGGGUACUUCGAGGAAUUCUGACGGCAGAGAUCCUCCUCGAGAGAAUACAGCAUAUAUCUUCGAUACGUGAUUCUCAUCCGAAGAACGCCAGAGAGAUAUCCAUUCGCCUGGUUGAUCUUUUAUCUACUUCUGGGUUCGACUGCACGCACUUGGAGAUACCCGUGGACGCAAGGUGGCUACCGACAAACCAGGGGUUGUUGAAUCAUGAAGAGUGCUUGGAUCGUGGUCUGCACCGUCCAGAACUGUUUGACGAAGUAUAUCCUUUAGUAGAGGAGACUAUAAGCGUCUCUCAUUCUCUCCGGUUGGCACUUGGCUGGGAUAAGCCGCUUUCGUUUGCUACCUUGAGCCAGCAGUUUAGCCUCGUCAUCAGUGCACGCGGCACGAAUAGCGCCUACAAGAAGCUCAGGGUUAUCAUAAAGGAGUUCAGUCAAAGGGCGCUUUCAGAGGAAGAUCUAGCGACCUUGAAGGAUAUUACCGACAGUCGUGCAUGGAUUCCGAUAAACUCUCGUUAUAUUGCUACUACCAGUCAUGCAGUAUUCUUUCUUCCACUUCCUCUAGCAGGAUUCCAUGAAAUCCCUCCGGCUUUAGCUGAUCGUCCUGAAAUCCGUGAAUUUCUGUUUAAGAUGGGAUGUACGGAGAGGCCCUCGAUCGAUAUCCUUGUGUCCGAACUCAAUAAUCUGCAUAAGUAUCCGGCUAGCCCAGACAAAACGCAAAUGGCUCUUUUGAUAUUGAAAGCUCUCCCACUCAGUAUGACCGAAGAAGAACGCUCAAAGAUCCUCGUUCCUGAUGUGUCCGGACAACUUCGUCCCUCAAGCGAGGUGUACUUCAACGACCUAGGCGAUCGGGCGUUCAUCGAGGCCGGAGACUUAACACUGGCGCAUCCCCAGUUGAAUGAGCAGAUAGCCAAACGUCUCCACAUGAGCAGACUGGGUCUCAAGUUCCUUCACUUGAAAAAACCGGCUGUAGAUAUGGGCGAGAAGCUAACGACCACCAUUCGAAAUGUUCUGAAGCAGUACACAGAACAACAGACACUUACCGAGUUCUUCGCUAAUGCCUCGGACGCAGGAGCCACGGAGUUCAAAAUCUUGGUUGAUGAUCGCCACGCUCCGUGCGAGCGUUUACUUUCACCCAUUAUGGCACCGUUCCAGCGCUGCUCCUCCUUGAUUGUUUACAACAAUAGUACGUUCACACAGACGGACUUUGAAGGCAUCUGUAAAACUGGAGUGGGCGGAAAGGAAGGCGAGACAAGUACAAUUGGACAGUUUGGUUUGGGGGCUCUUUCUAUGUUUCAUUUCACGGAGCUGGCAAUGAUUGUCUCCGGUGACAAAGUUCUAUUCCUCGAUCCGUCCAAGACACACCUACCGUUUGACGAUUGGGCUUCAUUGCUCCUGCCCCUUCAACAGAUGCAGCGGAUGUACUCAGACCACCUCGCCGCGCUUAACGGAUUAUUCGGCUUUAAGUUAUCGUCUACUACUUCUUAUGACGGGACCCUUUUCCGAUUACCCCUCCGAAACGCUUCUCACUUAAACGAUUGCUCCAUCUUGCGUAGUGGUCAAACUGCCGACUAUGUCCGGGACUAUAUCGUCUGGCCCUACUGGAAACAGGCCCAACAGUCGUUGUUGUUUACCAGAAUGAGAAGUGUCUCCACAUACUAUCGGCACAAGUCAGGUCGUAUCAGUGGCGGUUGGAAAGUAGAAGUCAAGGCAGAUGACUCUACGACAUCCGACGGGGAUUUUUCUAUUCGCAAUCGCUAUAUAAUUGGAUAUGCAUCUCCAAAGGUCGAACCAGUACAAGAGCGUUGGACGGUGGUGACGACAUCCCUCCCUGUCACGAGCUUACCCUCCGAAUUCAAUUCUUUGAAAGAACCCCACCGCUUGCGGUCUCCCAUCAUCGUAGGACUUGCCGCACGGACUACCGCACGAAGCCCGAGCAGUCACAAUCUCUUUUCAACACUACCUCUGCCCAUGACCUCCACGCUACCAUGUCAUCUCACAGCGUCAUUCAUCCUUACACCCGAUAGACGACACAUCAGAUUUGACGAUUAUGACAACCUCGAAUCACAGUAUAAUCGGUGGAUAUUGUCUACUGUAGCGCCGCCUCUCUAUCUCACACUUCUUGAAAAUCUACUUGUAGUGGUCGGACGUAAUGACAUAUGGUGGCCGGGUAAUACGACGCAGCAGGACAGCGUCACUCGACUUCUUGUCGACCGAUUCUACACAGACGCUCUUCCCUCUUGUCAGCGUCUAAUUUGUCCCAGUCAUUUCAAUCCCUCGAUUCGUAUUCGACCUUCAGAUGCCGUGAUCCUCGGGAACCAGCCUGCCUCAGUGACGCAUGUGCUCGAGCUUCUUCGCUUGCCACGAUAUGUCGCAUUCCCUCCUAUCAUCUGUGAACGUUGCUCAGGACACAUCAAAACAUUUAAUCAAGAGGUCUUGAGAGACGAGAUUGCUUUGCGUGGUUUCAGUUUAAUUGCUGGAUUUGAGACGGGAAAACUCACGACAAAUGACAUCCAAAGUCUUCUUGACUACUUGUUAGAAGAUCCCUCUAUCAGUUUAAUGGAUCUUCCUCUUCUCCCUCUGGCAAACGGAUCGCUUGUCCCUCUACAUCCAGCUGAUUACAAGAAGAAAUACUAUAUAUGGAAGCUAUCAUCCAGAAAGCAAACGCUUUUCAACUCAGGGGACCUAGUGCAUCUAGACUUCGAUGCAAACCGGCUAACGCAGAACGGCUAUAAUGUCUCAGAGCUUCAGGCAUCAGACGUUGCGAACUUGAUGCGUCCCUUCAUUACGGAGGCCGACAUAUUCAAUGCGAAGAGCGCCAAGGACGAGGCUUGGAUCAAAAAAUAUUGGAAAGAAUUUCCCAGCUUGAACAUGGAUCCCGAUAUCCACGCCCAAGACUUUCCAGUGAUUCCCACCAUCCGCCCUGGACAUUACGUUUCCAUGAAGGCAUGCAAAAACCUUCCUGACGUCGUAACGGUUGGUAUCACUGAGCCUGAUUGGCUCCCAGAUUGUCUAGAUAAACUAGGCAUAUCUGCUGUUCGGCGUAACGACGAAAGACUGCCUACGUCGGUACGCACUGUCAUCUUGGCUCAGCCCGUCGUCAAUAUUGACCAAAUCAUCAAACUAUUUGAGCACAAGACUUCUUCAUUCAAAGCACUGGAUGACGAAACGCUCGCCAAGUUUACAGCAUGGUGCAGAGAUAAGAUCGGUCAAUGUUCUUCCGAAAAUAUUUCAGCAGCUCGCUCGCUUCCCAUCUGGCCCUCUCCUUCGCAGGAUGGCAAGCAGUACCUUGCUGCGAAGGAGAAACGAAUAGCCAUGGUUCCUUACCAGUUUCCUCAUGAUGUCAUCAGUCCAUUCAUGAGCUCUUCCUGUGUCGAGUUCUCUCAAGGCCUUCGUCAUCUCGGCGUGUCGCCAGUGGGCUUGGAUACUUUGUGGAAAAAGCUCAAACUUCCCAAAGAACUUGGUCCAGAUAAUACGUCUGCUUAUAAGCGGCUCGUCACUGCUCUUAUAUCUGACCAGUCCUUCACAAUUCGGGAGAUACCCCUUCCCAAUGGCACUCGUCGACUUGUUCCGUCAAACACAUUGUAUGCUCGCGAUCCCCUGUUUACUGCUGCCUUCGGGUCGUCCGAAGCACAUUUUAUGCUUGAGGAAUUUAUCGACCUUGAAGCUCGACUCGGGCCAUUUGGACUAAAGAGCACGAACAAUUUAGAUACAGAUACAUUCUUGAUUUGCGCAACUUCGAUUAACGAUGACGUUUCCGGUAGAGAUCGAGACGGACGAGCAAGGCUAGUAUUCAUGGCUUACUGCGAAGACCUACCUCUUCGUAUUGCUGUCAACGAAAACCAGUCUUGGCGACAGUUGGAUAACCUGCGUUUUAUUCCUCGACUGCCUCUCAGGCAAAAGUCAAUGGGGAUCGCAGAACUCUCUCCUUAUGUCAAACAAUUGCCUGAGGUGAUCUCCCCAAACGAGAUGAUACUACCGGAGUACGAGCCUAUUGCCUGGUCUCAACGUGCUAUUUGCACGGUUCGGCCCGCUGAAAGGGUUCUCCUCGCAAAUCCUGGUCUCGGGAAGCCGGCCAAUUCUGACGUGAUCCAACACCUGCGUGUGCUUGCAUUGGAAGUAGCAAGAGAUCAUACUUUUGAUAGGCACGUAUUAUCUGAUCUGAAGGCCACAUACAAAUGGCUCGACGAACAUCAAGAUGAAGUCGGGGAGGAAAUGAUCAAGCUUCAUCAAGAACGUCUUUUCUUAAAUGUUGACGAUCCGAAGAGCGACGUCUGGAUGUGGAACUCUGCUGACGAAAUGUUUUUCAAUAUCACCGAAACCGAAGAGUUCAAGACUGUUCACAAAUUUCUGGAACCGUACAAGGAUCUUUUAUACGUCUCUGGCGUAGAGAGUAUCAGUGAUCCCCCCCGUCCUGAACCCGUCCUAUCGUCGGUCGAAGCGCAGUUCUCUAAACUGAGAGAGGGAUUCAACGUAAUGCGGCUCGAAGAGAAGUUAACUGAUGUUGUGUUUGUUACGGAGGAUGAUCAACACUUUGCUGCGCACCGAUCAUUUUUGUCGCCGAUGAGCGAAUAUCUACGUGACUUAUUUUGCGGAGAAUUCACUGAAGCCGGCCCUGCUUCUGCAGAUGAGCCGAUCGAAGUCAGCGUGGAAUAUCCAGGAAAGUGUUUGAAGACCGUACUAGACUUCAUAUACACCGGAACUACACCUGAUUUUGACGAUAUUGGCCUUUCUGUUCUCCUAGAUAUCCUAGACUUGUCGCAAUAUUGGGGUUUCACCGAACUAAACGAAAUUACCCAAGCCAGGAUCAUCGGAGGGAGUUUCAUCAACCCGGUAACGUUUGAUGAUAUCCUUCAUCGCGCAACUGUCCUCGACGCCAAAUUCCUUCUUGAUGCUUGUGAAUAUUAUGAACGCAAAAACAAGGAUGCUAUCCACCGACUUCGUGGCGAAGGCAGGGUUCGGAGGGAGAACCCACGAUAUAUUCCAGUCAAAGCGAAAUCUACGCCGAUUAUUCCGUUGGAUGACAACAGUCCGAUCAGCAAUAAACUACGACCUCGAAAGGUCCGCAGAUUCAUGCACCGGAUUUCGAUGAGCUUCUCGCGUAGAUCAAGAGUCGUACCGCAAUCUUAG